AUGGGGAAGCGUGCAGUGGGAAAGCACAAAACCCUAUUGAGGGCUCUCGGUGGCUUGCAGCGUAACCGUCACAUGGCCGAAGCGGCUCCGUGGCGCCUAUUUAAGGAGCCCCCGGCUCGCCUUCAGCACCACUUCGCUGUCCACGCUUCCACGCGCGAGCAAGCUCCCACAUCCCACGCCACUGGCUACACUAUUCAGCACGCACGACUGGUCUGCACAUCUGCAACUAUGCCGAGGUCCUUUCUGGUGGAUUCGUUGAUUUUAAGAGAGGCCACCGACAAGGGGAGCGAGAACAGCACGCCUCUCUUCCCGUACGCGGUGCACUCACCCGGCCCGGGCCACCACCCGCACGGGUUGCCGGGCGCCUGCCACUCCAGGAAGGCCGGGUUGCUGUGCUUCUGCCCGCUGUGCAUGGCCGCAACGCAGCUGCACCCUUCUCCGCCUGCGCUGCCGCUUCUCAAAGCCUCCUUCCCGGCUUUCGGCUCGCAGUACUGCCACUCUCCCCUGUCCAGGCAACACGCGUCAUCCAACGGCAUCAACCUGGGUCACGGAGCCGCCAUGUACCAGGCCGCUUAUACAGUCCCAGACCCGCGUCAGUAUCAUUGCAUCUCCAUCGAAAACGGCAACAGUAAACUCCAGAGCAGCAAACGCAUGCGCACGGCCUUCACCAGCACGCAACUUUUGGAGCUGGAGCGGGAGUUCACCUCCAACAUGUACCUGUCCAGGCUCAGGCGCAUCGAGAUCGCCACCUACCUCAACCUGUCCGAGAAGCAGGUCAAGAUCUGGUUCCAGAACCGCAGGGUGAAGCACAAAAAGGAGGGAAAGAGCGGUUCCGGAGGCCCAAGGACUGCGAGCGGCGGGUGCAAAUGCUCUUCAGCAGCAAGAUGCUCGGAGGAAGAGGAGGACGACAUGCCCGUGUCCCCCUCGUCCUUCUCCGAAAAGGAGGACGUGGACUUGUCCGUCUCCCCUUGAAGUCCCAUCAUGGACCAAUUGUUUUUCAAUAAGCCAAAAAGACUUUUCCACUUUGUACAUAUAUACAAAGAGAAUAUUUA